AUGUCCCAUAAUUUCUUGGCAAGAAAAAAAGCUAGAAACCCAAGAAAAAGAAGCGCUCGAGAGGAAUCGAGUCUACAGAAAAAUAGCGGAAUAACGAAAGACAAACAAAAGGGACUACAGAUGGCGCCGAAAAAUAACGAGAAGUAUAGAGAUCUGAUGGUGAAAGAACGCGAAUACGACGAAUUUUUAAGUGUGUUCGAGGAACAGAAGCAGAAUCUUCUCACCGAGCUAGAAAAAUACAGCGAUGAAAUUGUGAACAUUCUCCAGAAAAUAUCAGCCAACAUUGGACAGGUGCAUGACACGGAGCUCAACGUGACCGCGAUGGAUACAGACGGUCUACUCCAUGGGAAAGCUUCUGCAAAAGAACUACAAGACCUAUACGUCCGACUCAAAGACCAGAUUAUCGCGAUGGACGAGCAGGAGGCGCGACUUAAUGCUGAGUUGCAGUCUUUCGACAAGAAAAUGCAAGAAAUGGAGGACCAGCGCAACGUAUACAGCGAUCUUGAUCAACUUGCUGCUGAUGUCGAAAACAAUAUUAGGGAACUUGAAGGAAGUCGUGAGGACCUAGAACGGGUUCUGCCCCGCCUUGAGCAGCGCCGUGACGCUCUCGAAGAACAAUUGAGACAGGUCAAUGAGCAACUGGAAAGCAAUCCUGAAUACGCUGAGAUACGAAGCUUGCGACGAGAACUGGAAAUGCUGAAUGAGAGGCACGCCCGCCUCCUAGCGGAAGCUGAGGCCAUUGAAAAAGAGACCAAUUAUGAGUCCAUCAAAGUCGAGGUGAGACGCCUACGCGCGCUCUACAACGAACGCUUAGUUGCAGCGGCGGCUGACCGAAGGUGA